AUGUCGACAUUCAACGGACUCGUCGCGGAGUUCCCUGACAUACGAGUUGACUUCUUUCGGAAGCAUCCAGACCGUCGUCCGCCUCUCGCGUGUUUCCUGAGCCAUAUACACAGUGACCACUUGGCUGGGCUUGACUCCCUACGGUCUCCUUUCGUCUACUGCUCCGCAGCCACUCGGGAGAUGCUCCUCCGUCUCGAGCGUUACCCUUGUCGCAUCAAUCACGCCAAAGGAAUCCUCGAGGCACGCGUGCAGACGUACAAGCAUCUGAAGAAUCUGCUCAAGCCGUUACCCCUGGAGACCCCAACCACGUUGGAGCUGUCGCCAGGCAGUCACAUUCAGGUCACGCUAUUCGAUGCAAACCAUUGCCCUGGUGCUGUUAUGUUCCUCAUUGAGGAUUCGUAUCGCGCCAUACUCUACACGGGCGACAUCCGGAGCGAGCCAUGGUUUGUGAAUACGAUUGCAAGGAACCCAGCCGUGAUCGAGUACACCUCUGGCAUGAAGACGCUCGAUAAAAUCUACCUUGACACCUCCUUCAUCAAGGACAUACCCUUCCAGACCAAGGCCGAGGGCAUUGCAGAAUUACUCCGCAAAAUAGCGCAAUACCCAGAUAACACCGUCUUCCACAUCCAAGCAUGGACUUAUGGAUACGAACACGUCUGGAUAGCUCUGGCCAAAGCUCUCAAUUCCCGCAUUCAUGUCGACGACUACAAGAUGCGCAUCUUUUCGUCUCUCACUAGCAAGGUAUCGAAUGAUCGCUUCAGCUCUUCCGUUCAUCUAUGUCCAGAAGCUCCUGCUCUGGCAGGCUACGUAUUGGGUGUUGGCGGCGGCGGAGAUGAUCUAGAACGUGACGCUGAGCUCGACCCUCUGUCAACGGAAGACAUCACGGCAGUCUCGAAGCUCAUCGAAGAUGCGGAUAUUUCCCCAGAGGCAAAGUUUCGUCUUUCCGAGUUCCUCGAAACGGGUGUCAAAACGGGGCGAAGCCUUUCUCUGGAUCUCGAUAUUGCGUCAUUUGGAGAGAAGAAUCAGGCGGCCAUCAUGGACGCCUUCCAAGCAGUUGGUCGAAAGAAGCACCUGGAGGAGCAAUCCACACAAAUCACGCAACCAGCAAUAGACGGGCUAAGCGGGAAACUGCCGAGAGUUAUCACGUUUCCCUACUCCCGGCAUUCGUCUUAUCAAGAGCUAUGUGACCUGGUUCGAAUCUUUCGCCCCAAGGAUGUGUGGCCUUGCACAGUGAAUCCUGUCGACUGGCUCAGAAACACCACGAGUAUACGAUACCUGUUUGGUAAUCUCUGCUCUGGCGAUACCUUCGCCCACGACAUGGAGAUGAAGAAACUCGCCGAGAGUCUGAGAAUCCUCCAACAACCGUUAUCCAAAGGUCUUGGCAAUAGUCAAUUUCUGGCCACUGAGGCACACACCACGGCAUUACACUCAUCCCAUAGUUGCGAAAGCAUCGCAGCCGAUCCUUCCGCCGUUGAAAUAGAGGAGACACUUGUGCUGGGGCUCGAUAGCAACCCCGGAGACUCCGAUCCCGCCCACUGA